AUGGACACAGAUAGCCAGGGUGGUGAUGCUGAAUACCUGUCCAUGGACCCACCUUUUCCCUCCACCACAGGACCCAGCAGUGAGGGCCUUGCCUGGUGCCUGCUCCUGCUGGCCAACAUCCAGACAUUGUGCCUCGUCCCCUUCCUGCUGGAGCUGUACGUCGGGGCAGUGCGAAGCCUCUGGAGGAGUCGCCAUGCCCGGCAGUACCGUGAGCACACCAGCUCUCUCCCAUUCUUGAAUGGCAUCUGCCUGGACAGGGUGGCCAUUCAGGCCCUGCGCAAGAAGUUUGCUCUGGGCAUUGUGGUAGAGGUCCUGGAGUUCUCCCAGUGCCUCCAUGGCUUCCUGAAGGUGAUGAUGGGGUGGCUCCAGAAGCACGUGCACUUGCCCACCAAGGAAGCCAAGCUGGCCCCCAUCCAGGCCUGCUUUGUAUCCAUGGUGGGAUUCCAGAAUGUGCUCCAUCACUUCUUUAGAGGUCUUACAUUUAACAACAGUGCUGGAGACAAAAUUUCGUUCAACGAGAACGGGGAGCUGGUAGCUGGAUUGGAUGUUAUGAACUGGAUUAGUCCCUCAAACAACACCUUUCACAGAGUGAAGGUUGGGAAGAUAGACCAUCGGGAUCCCCAGGAUUCUGAAGCAUUUACCAUUAACGAUGAAGACAUAAAAUGGCCGAGAUGGUUUAUUCAGACACAGCCUAUUUCAGUAUGCAGUGAUAGUUGUCGUCCUGGCAAUUUCAAGAAAGUGAAGGAGGGGGAGCCAUUUUGUUGCUAUGAUUGUCUUCAAUGUCCAGAAGGGAAGAUUUCAGACCAGAAGGACAUGAAUGACUGCUAUAAAUGCCCAGAUGAAAAAUUUCCAAACAAAAACCAGGAUUCAUGUAUUCCCAAGGAUAUCACUUUCUUGUCAUAUGAAGAACCGUUGGGACUCAGCUUAGCCAUUUUUGCUCUCUCUCUCUCUUUGAUCACAGCUCUGGUGUUGGGAACAUUUAUAAAGCACCGGAACACUCCCAUUGUGAAAGCAAACAACCGGAGCCUCACCUACACUCUCCUCGUCUCCCUUCUGCUCUGCUUCCUUUGUGCCCUGCUGUUCAUUGGCCAACCUGAGGUGGGGACAUGCCUCCUCCGUCAAACUGCCUUUGGCACCAUCUUUUCAGUGGCCAUUUCUUGCAUACUGGCAAAGACCAUCACCGUGGUGCUGGCUUUCAUGGCUACCAAACCAGGAAGCAGGAUGAGGAAAUGGAUGGGGAAAAGACUGGCCAACUCCAUUGUUCUUUCCUGCUCCCUUGUCCAAGGAGGCAUUUGUGUUGUGUGGCUAGCAACAUCUCCUCCAUUCCCAGAUGUUGACAUGCAGUCAGUGACUGAAGAAAUUAUAUUAGAAUGUAAUGAAGGAUCUGUGGCCCUUUUUUACUAUGUCUUAGGCUACAUGGGCUUCCUGACCAUUGUAAGCUUCUCUGUGGCUUUCCUUGCCAGGAAAUUACCUGAUAGUUUCAAUGAAGCCAAAUUCAUCACUUUCAGCAUGUUGGUGUUUUGUACUGUUUGGUUAUCCUUUGUUCCAACCUACUUGAGCACGAAGGGAAAAUACAUGGUAGCUGUGGAGAUCUUUUCUAUCUUGGCCUCAAGUGCUGGGCUUCUGCUUUUAAUUUUCCCCCCUAAAUGCUAUAUUCUUUUGCUGCAUCCCAGGUUAAACAGCAGAAGUCAUAUAUUUCUGUGCAUUGCAACGUUCCUGAAACUUUCGCUCCAAACAGUUCUCCAGUGA